AGGAUUCAAUCGCAGCAUUGAAAUGCAUGGACUCAUGUAUAAGCAUUAUACUGGAGAUGGGGAUUCUGCAGUUAUUGCAGCAAUUCAACAAACAUGUAGCUACGGACGACUAGUUACAAAAGUAGAGUGUGCUAACCAUGCUACUAGGGCAUUUUGUGAGAAAAUGCAUAAGUUAGCAACAAACACAUCAUACCCAUUAGAAGGUAGAAAACUUCUUUUGGAGACUACUGUUGAUAGUAAAAUAUCAAGACUAGAACGACUAGUCAAAGGAGUUAGAACGGCAAUAAAAGAAUCUGCUAAACUUGAUGGCAUUUGUGCAGUUGAAACACUUAGAGCAGAUUUGCGAAAUGCUCCAGAACACGUGUUUGGGUGCCAUGAAAAUUGUAGGUCAACAUUCUGCAAAAGAAAAUCAACUGGAGAAACAAAUCUUCUUCCUGACCUGGAAAAAGCUGGACUCCUCCAACCUCUCCGAAUUUUAAUAGCUAAUUUGGAAAAGAAAGCUGACAAACUCGUUAGUAACAGCACCACGAACUCCGCAGAACGGUAUAUGUCUCUAAAUGCUAAGUUUACUGGAGGUAAACGCAUUGAUUUUGGUAAACGAGGAAGCUACUACAGACGUUGUUAUGGAGCAGCUAUCGCACACACAAAUGGCCCGGGCUGGCAUUCUAGUCCCUGGAAGAAAAUGCACGGCCGCAGUCCCGGUUCAGUGUGUAAACAACUAUGCCACAAACGUGAAGAGAAGUCUUCGAAACGAAAACUUUACUAUCAGGAGAAAGGUGCGCCCAAAAAAAAAAGGAAACGAGGAGGAGGCCCCGAUGAACACUAUGGAGAUGAAGAUUUAAUACCAGAACCUGACAUUCCAGAACAAGAUUUGGCAUACCGCUGCGACCAAGUUUUACGUAAGCUUAAAGAAGAAGCUGACACCAAAGAAAAAAUAGAUUCCAUAGAGAUCGCAACACGUGGUCAGCAUGAUAGUGAAAAAUGGCACGAGUAUCGCCUCAAUCGUCUUACUGCAUCAAAUUUUGGAACAGUUAUCAACAGACGCGAUAACACAUCCUGUCACAAUUUCGUCCGAAAUUUGUUAUUUCCUAGGGAAUUUAAUUCUUUAUCAGUAAUGUAUGGGAGGGUACACGAACCCGAAGCAUUGUUAAAAUACAGUGUUGCAAAAUGAGUGACUGUAAACCCAUGUGGUCUCUUUAUUUGUGGUGAUCAACCUUUCCUCGCUGCAACUCCUGAUGGUCUGGUGGAUGAAGAUGUGAUAGUAGAAGUUAAGUGUCUACCCUCUGUAAAAGACAGAAAGUUAGUGGAUGCAGUACAAGACAAAAAAUCGUCAGUUUGUUUGGAAUUAAAAAAUCAUCAGCUACGAUUAAAAAGAAAUCACAAAUACUACUAUCAAGUUCAAGGGCAGCUGAACAUUUCAGGGAGAAGAUAUUGUGACUUCGUAGUAUUAACCGAAAACGAUUUCUUCGUUGAAAGAAUAGAAAAAGAUGAGAACCUAUGGAUGAAUGUGAUGAUGCCAAAACUCCAGAAAUUUUAUAUGAACUGUGUAUUGCCAGAAAUUGUAGAUAGCAGAAUCAAGAGAAAAAUGAGUAUUCGAGACCCACUCUAUAUUAUUCAAGCACAGGAAGAAAUGAAAA